AUGCCGCGUGUUGCUCGGGUGCACGCAGCGCUUCCCAAGGCCGCUUCGCCCGUGUCCCACCUCUCUCCUCUCUUCCAGAUCUGGGACACGGCCGGGCAGGAGCGUUUCCGCAGCGUCACGCACGCGUACUACCGCGACGCGCACGCCUUGUUACUGCUCUACGAUGUCACCAAUAAGGCUUCGUUUGACAACAUCCAGGCCUGGCUCACGGAGAUCCACGAGUACGCGCAGCAGGACGUGGUGCUCAUGCUGCUGGGCAACAAGGUGGAUUCCGCCCAGGACAGAGUGGUGAAAAGGGAAGACGGAGAAAAAUUAGCCAAGGAGUACGGGGUGCCCUUUAUGGAGACCAGCGCAAAAAGUGGCUUAAACGUUGAAUUAGCCUUCACAGCCAUUGCCAAGGAACUGAAGCACAGGGCCAUGAAGCUGCCCAACGAGCCCAAAUUCAAGCUCCAUGACUAUGUGAAGAAGGAAGUAAGAGGCUCGGGCUGCUGCAGAUCCUAAUGUGCUCGGUGCAUUUGUACAGAGACUCAUGCCAAGUGUUCGUGUGCCGCGCGCUCCUCGUGGACGGUGUGUGCAUGUCUGCCUGUUGUGUCUGUAUCUGCAUCAAAGGUGAGCUGGGACGUGUGCAAUGGGAGCAGCAGCAGAAAC